AUGUCUACGCCCACGCCCACAUCCAUGCCCACGCCCACACCCACGCCCAGGCCCACGUCCAUGCCCACGCCCACGCCCACACCCACGCCCACACCUCAUCCACACCCACGUCCAUGCCCAUGCCCACGCCCACAUCCACGCCCAUCUCAAGACCUUAAGAGUCCAGGGAAACGGAAACCAUUGCAACGGCGCUCAGACAAACAAUUCACUAUCACAGGUCUCAGUAUCUCACCGGACCACCACAGUCACCACACAACAGUUCACUGCCUCAUCACAGCGCUUAAAAUCUCACCGACCAUCGCAGUCAUCACGCAGUCAUCACCACACAAUAAUUCACUACCUCACCACAGUUCCCAAUACCACAGUCAUCACACAAUCACCACACAACAGUUCACCACCUCACCACAGCUCUCUGUAUCUCCCCGAACCACCGCAGUCCUCACGCAGUCAUCACACAGUAAUUCACCACCACACCACAUCUCUCAGUAUCUCACCGAACCGCCUCAGUCAUCACACAAUCACCACACAACAGUUCACCACCACACCACAGCUCUCAAUAUUCCACGAGACCACCGCAGUCAUCACACAAUCACCACACAACAGUUCACUUCCACACCACAGCUCCCAAUAUCCCUCCGAACCACCGCAGUCAUCACACGACCACCACACAAUCGCAGGUCUAAGAUCUAUCGCCGCACCGACAAAGGCACACCCAUUACUAUUAUUACCAUUACUAUGAACACAUUGAAGUAA